AUGGACAGGAGUCGAGAGUGGCCUGCAAAGGUCCGAUGGAUCCAAGAUGGGUCGCGGUCAAUAAUGCCUUUAGAGCAGGCAAUGGUGAAAUGGGAUCAGGAAAAGAAAUGUUUGGUGCUGAAAGUCAGGAAGGGUCCAGUUGUGACGUUUCCCAAGAAUGGUUUGUUCUUGCCACCGAAAAUGCCAAUUUAUACAACAUUGUUGUUAAAUGCACAGCAGUCGUCUGCGAAUAAAUCUUCGAACACUGAAAUAACACUGCAGUUCUUGGGUCACGAAAUUCUGGUCGAUGCCUAUGAAUAUUUGAAGAAUUUCUUGAACGUGGGAUUGCCUCAACAAAGUGGCUCACAUAGGAUACGAUCAGGCGGUUUUCAGCAACAUAUUACACCACCUCAGCAAUGCCGCUCAGGAUCGUCAGCUAUUUCAAGAAGUGUGAAGACAAUAUCGAGUGGAACCAAGACAAGCGAUUCAUUGUUUAAAGCAGCUUCGGCAUCGCAGUCUGACAGCAGGAAAUCUUCUGAUGGCCAGAGAACAUCGUUGACGCCAGUUAUGGAAACUAAACAAUUGAGAUCAGAAUGCCGUCAGCCCGUACAUACAUCAGAUUCUUUCUAUGGUUCACAGUCUACGAACUUGAGACCCAAAACGCCGAGCAGUAGUGAACGAACACCGGCUCCACCUAAACGUCGACGUACGCUAAUGUCUGUGCUUACAGAUAUUGAGAAAACGGAAAGCGCCAAUAAGAAUAGUGGUAAAGUGAUGGCAGCCGAAGAGGCCGUUCUACCAUCGCAUAGGCGUUUAUCACCAUCUCCAACGCAUAAUCAAACGCCGUCAUCAUUGUCCAGGCGUGGCACUUCAUUCAGACGUCGCAUAAGUGACGUACACGAAACUUUAGUGUGCACCACAAAUCAGUCGCCAACAAAAUCACCCGUCAAACGAGCACAAUUCGCAUCACCUUUAUUGGACAGCAGUGGACGUUUGAAUCGCGGAGGGUAUUCCUUUCAGAAUUGUUGUCAUUUUUUUGAUUAUUGCGUUUACCUGUUCUUAAAGUAA